AUGUCAGUCAGCAUGGGAAUGGCGGUGAGAGCACAAGCAUCGGGAUCCACCUUGUGGAAGGGAACCAACUCCACCAUGCGCUUCUCCAUCGGCGCGUUUGCCGCCGGCUUCUUCUGGACGGCAGACUCGUGCGUGAAGACGCCGACCUUGUACUUUGACGUGUUUGUGGACUCGUUCUUCCUGUUGGAGAUCUUGCUGAACUUUGUAACGGGCACUUUCAUCCACAACGAGUAUGUCGACGACUUGGGCAGAGUGUUGCUGUCGUAUGUACAGCGGAGUCUCUUCUUCGACCUCAUCACUUCGAUCCCUGCCUCCUACGUGGAGCUCGCCACCCUUAAAGCCUGUGAGCGAGGGGGGACAGGAGGGGAUCAGUCGUUCAGGCUUGUUAGGAUGCUGAAGCCCGUCAGGCUGCUCAAGAUUCUGAGGACCUUCAGAGCGAUCUCCAUGCUCGAGAGCGAUGUCCCGACUUCGGGUAUCAUCUCCAAGAUUCUUCGAUCGUUUCGCCUGCCUUCCAACAUCACCCGCAUCCUCAAAGUUCUACUCGUCAUCGCCCUCAUCGAGCACGCUUCCGCCUCCAUGUUCUGGCUGGUGAAGGAGCACUCCAACAGCUACGAGGAUGUCCUUCUCUUCCUCGAGGACAACGGAGUCUUCACGUGCAACGGCGACCACUACUUCUCGAGCCCGUGCCUGCUCGACAAGUACGUCAUAGCCACCUACUUCGUGGUCACCAUCUUCAGCACCAUCGGCUUCGGAGACAUCUCUGCCACUAACUCCGAGGAGCGGAUCAUUUGUAUCGUCCUGGCGUACAUAGCAGCCCUCGCCUUCGGCGCUCUUCUAGCAGAGAUCCAGGAUGCUGUCAUGCAGAUGAAUCAGCAGGCCCGGGACCUCUCCUCGCUCCUCAACCGCGUGACGGACUACCUGAGGGAGAAGGACGUGCCUGCUGAUCUGCAGAAAAGAGUUCUCAGCUGGGUGAGGUUCAAGCAUGAGACCUCGGUGACCUUCCGCAACGAGCAUGACCUUGUCCGGGUCCUCCCGAGCUCCAUGGCGUUCGAGCUUCGGGUCAAGCUGCACGAGUCGCUGCUCAUGGGCAUACCUCUCUUCGCCAACCUCCAGAGCGAGGCGAUCGAGCGAUUCGUCAUCCAGAUCUGGGACGCGAUGAGCCAGCUGACGUUCCCCGAGCUCGUCCCGAUCUUCAAGGCAAACAAUGACAAGUACCACGAAGGACUCUACCUCGUCGUCACCGGCACCGCCAUCAUGGUCCUCUCCAACGGCCGCACGCUCUCCACGCUGCACCCCGGGAACUCCUUCGGCGAGGACAUGCUGCUUGUCAAGGAUGGAGUGAAGCCCAAGAUCGAGCUGUGUUCGGGGGAGACAUGGAGAUGGAGGUGGAUAAGCAACGGAGGAUAA